AUGACUUCAGAUUCUUCAACAGUGACUUUAUUAAACCAAGCUGCCGGAUACGGAGUCCUAGUCGGAGUCGGAGGUGGCUUUGCCAUUGGGAUGGUUAUCGUCACCAUUUUGCUACGUAAAUACUUGAAAGAAGAUAACAAUAGCACUGAAACAUUUGCCGUUGCUGAUAGAUCUGUUGGCACUUUGCUUUCUGCAUCGGCAGUUUAUUCAAGUUGGAGUUGGGCUGACGAGUUACUUUGGACAACAACAAUGGUUUAUAACUACGGUAUUCAAAGCAGUUAUUAUUACAUGUCGGGUCUAGUUAUACAAAUUACCGUGAUGUCAAUGGUUGGAAUCCACGCAAAGAAGAAAAUCCCCAAGGCUCAUACAUCCUUGGAGAUUGUUGAGUUAAGGUAUGGGAAAGUGGCCCAUAUCUUGUACAUGUUCCUUUGUCUUACCAACAACUUGGUUUCUUGUUCCAGUAUGAUCUUGGCUGCCGCGGGAGCAAUCUCUAUCAUUGCUGGUAAUUUACAUAUUGUUGCAGCAACGAUAUUGACAAUUUUCUCCGUCUUGUGUUAUUCCAUAUACGGUGGAUUAAAAGCUACGUUCUUGACUGAUUUUGUUCAUAGUUUAAUCUUGUUGAUUGUGUUGUGUUACUUCAAUACUGCCGUAUUGACAAAAAUUGGAGGUUUAGAUAAAUUGUAUGAUAUGUUGGCAGCAUAUGCAGGGUCAAGAGAAAUACCUGGUAAUUAUGAAAACAGUGUCAUUACGGGUAAAUCUCAAGGUGCAAUUUUAUUUGGAUUGAUUUUAACUUGUGGUAAUUUCGGUCUUACAGUAAUGGAUAGUUCGUUUUGGCAAAAGACAUUCUCGGCUACUCCCAGAGCUACUGUUCCAGCAUACUUAACUGCUGCAUUAGCUAUUGUGUCAAACGUAUGGCCAUUGGGAGCCAUAAUUGGUGGUGCGGCCAUUACCAUGGAAAGUUCUCCCAAAUUCCCCACUUAUCCUCGUAAAAUGACUCAAUUUGAAAUUGAUUCUGGUUAUGCUUUGCCAUACACUUUAAUGGCCACAUUGGGUAGGAGUGCCGUUGGUGGAUUAUUACUCAUCCUUUAUCUCGCUGUUACGUCAACAAUAUCAGCCCAAAUGAUUUCAGUAUCGUCAAUUACUACUUUUGAUAUCUACAAGAAAUAUCUCAAUCCCAAAGCACAUAACAAAUCAUUAAUUUUUGUGUCUCAUAUUGCCUGUAUCAUAUUCACAUUUGGAGCUGCUGGGUUCUCAUUGAUGUUGCAUUAUGUUGGUGUAAACAUGACAUGGUUUGGUUAUUUCACUCCCUUGAUUAUUUGCCCUGGUGUUAUUCCAUUAAUCAUGACAAUUGUAUGGGAUCGUCAAAGUUGGUAUGCAGCAAUUAUAUCCCCUAUUUUGGGAAUUGUGUUUGGAUUCACAGUGUGGACUACAACAGCUUAUAAAUUGACUGGCGAAGUCAAUAUUGACUCAUUGGGUGGUCAAUUACCGGCAUUGUAUGGUGCUUUAACAGCUUUGUUCUUACCUGGUAUCGCUAGUGUGAUUAUAACAUUAAUUCACCCCCAGAAAUUCGAUUGGAAAGUAUUGCAACAUGCUCAAAUCUUAGUGGAUGAAAAUGUAUCUAGUGAAGAAACAGUUAGUGAUACAAUCGAUGAAAAAGAUGACCCCAUAUCAAAAGGUGAAGAUAAUCAUACCACAACCAAAGAUGAUAAAUCAAUCGCUGAAGUGGCUAUCGAUUCAGAUCAAUCAUCAUCCAAGUUAGAAACACAACCAGACCACCCCAGUGCACUCCCGCAACAACUAUCAACCAAAGAACUAGAUUUUUGGAUCAAGAUAUCACCCGGAGCUGCCAUAUUUGUCUUGUUGAUUAUGUGGGUUCUUUGGCCACUUCCCUUAUAUCGAGAUUGGAUUUUCACAAGAGACUACUUCAAAGGUUAUGUUACUGUGGGGUUAAUGUGGUUAUACACUACGUUACUAGUUAUUGGAAUUGGUCCAUUGAUUGCUGGAAGACGAACAAUUGCGCACAUUGUUAAGAGUGUGUAUCGUGAUUAUAUAAAGAGGGUAGAUUAG